UGCAUAGGAAUCGCAGAGGAAAGCGAUGGGAGACUUUCGAUUCAGGUGCAACCGCGGGUUAACGACUCUUCUCUUCUUCUUUUUCCGGCUUUUUCCUCUUUCGAUCUGUGUCCAAGCCGUUUCGGAAAAGGGAGACGCGUUUCCAGGCGUGUCCUACGCGUUUCCGCGUGUCCUAGGUUUCCGAAACGGAGACGACAACCUGUAUGACGUUUCCGUGCAACAUAGUGAGAAAGUCUAAGUUGAAGCUCUAUGUUCGGUUCUGCCGCAGUGAAUCUUUCUCUGCAUUAUGGAUGUCAUGAAGCUACUAAACAAUUACCCCUUUACUACACUAAAUGAUCUGGACAAGUUUUUCUUCAGUUGUGAUACUUCCAACGCGAGUGAUUGCUUUGCGUAUGCCCUGAAGUUUCUGGAAAAGUACCCCUAUGUUACAAUGCAAGAUGUGGAGAAGGAUAUAAUCCGUGGUUGCACUCUCUCGGUGAUUGAUACAAAUAUUCGUACUAUCAAUUCCAACCGAGAAAAAGAAAAACUUUUUGGCAGAGAACAUUUUGAAGCUGGGCCUUUGCUUCAUGUGCAUUCAGUACAUGUAAAACCAGAAGAUGCUAUAAAAGACAAACCACUCUCUGUAUAUGGUACGAUCCGGGUUAAGUAUGAACAUAUCAAGAGUGGAAAACCAAUGCAGCUUGAUGUUUACAACCGAAGUUCUGAUGAUGCCGACUACAUUAGCCCUAGAGGUGGUGAUUUAGCUCUUGGUUGGCCUAACACUUUCCCUAAUUGUAAUGAUAUGUGGGUGGGAUUGCAAGNUACUUCCAACGCGAGUGAUUGCUUUGCGUAUGCCCUGAAGUUUCUGGAAAAGUACCCCUAUGUUACAAUGCAAGAUGUGGAGAAGGAUAUAAUCCGUGGUUGCACUCUCUCGGUGAUUGAUACAAAUAUUCGUACUAUCAAUUCCAACCGAGAAAAAGAAAAACUUUUUGGCAGAGAACAUUUUGAAGCUGGGCCUUUGCUUCAUGUGCAUUCAGUACAUGUAAAACCAGAAGAUGCUAUAAAAGACAAACCACUCUCUGUAUAUGGUACGAUCCGGGUUAAGUAUGAACAUAUCAAGAGUGGAAAACCAAUGCAGCUUGAUGUUUACAACCGAAGUUCUGAUGAUGCCGACUACAUUAGCCCUAGAGGUGGUGAUUUAGCUCUUGGUUGGCCUAACACUUUCCCUAAUUGUAAUGAUAUGUGGGUGGGAUUGCAAGGAACAGGCAUAGAGGUGGAUCUCUAUCUCAAAAUUGGGGAUGAGGGUGUUCCGUUGGUUCAAGGGGAAAUUUUGGUGGGGGAGACAACUGAAGGUGAUUUUGAAGAAGUAAUAUCAAAAGAAUUCCAUUGUGAACAUUGCUCUGCUACAUUGAUUUAUAUUGCAAUGCCAUUUGCUGUUCUUUGCUCUGUUAAAGUUAGCUUCACUAGCGAAGACAAGGGUCGAGAUGUUAAUGUUGCUGGAAAAAUUUCUGCCCGAUAUAAGAGCACUUAUGGAAACUAUGAUUCACAAGAGUGUGUUCUUUUUGAGAAGCAGAAUUGUUUUGAACCAGUUAAGAUGGAGAAUAACAUGAGGAUGUCGAGAACAAUAUUGGGGUUGCCAGCAUAUUCAUCACUUGAACUUGAUCUGGACUUGAGGGACUUCAACACAAACAAAGAGCUGAUAAAAAAAAAAGUAGCAUUGUGCGACUGGAAUUGCCCAUUUGCACCUUGGAAUGCUGUGGUUGAGGAUGAUCUUGCUCUCAUUGUCAAGGCAGGAUUGAUUCCAUACCAACCUGAUGGGCGCUAUGUGUGGAGUGAUUCAGACGAGGAUGAGCCAUGUGAAGAGUUCUCUGUGUGUGUGGUUUUCAACACACCAAGGUGUCAUCUUCAUGGUGAAAAAAGUAUACCAGAACCAUCAGAAUUGAUGGAAUUCUACUCAAUAUUUAUAGGACGUAAAAAAUUGGCACCACUGAAAAUUUUUGGCACAGUUGAACUCUUAUCCAAUUAUAAUACUCGGUACCUAUUCAAGAGGACUCGUGAAGAGGCUAUUGAAGUAGAAUAUUCACAGAAAGUUCUACCGUUUUUAGAUGUGUGUAAGAGUUUUUCUAAAUUUGACCUAGUUGAAUUGAAGGUGGAUCUAAAAGAUGUUGGUGGGAAAUAUCAGAACAAAGGUUUUGCUACUUAUGAUUUUGGGUUCUUAUACCCUGGCUCAUCGUAUAACACCCAAAUAUGUUCUGUUCUUCCGGGCAAAGAUGGGUUUUGUGCAUUGCACUACUCCAUGUUCACAAGAGCUUGUCAAGCAAAUAUCGAGAUCUUUUUCAAGAUUAAGAGUGAUCAGUUAGCGGCUGGCAAGAUCUAUGGAAGUGCAAUCGCUCGAUAUAGCAACUUUGACUACUCAACUAAGUUAAAGAAAGAUUAUUUUCGGAGCGUGCUUUUCAAGAGGACUGAUAAGGAUCCAGUACAUUUAAAGAAUGAUGAGGAAGAACUAGUUUCUCAAAGUGUUGUUGUGGUGCCAAUGGAUGCGUCCCUCAUUAUUGACGUAAAUUUUUUUUGCAUGUCUCCGAGAGAUCGUCUAUUUAGGAAAGAAAAGUUUAAGAUUGGAGAUUGCUGCUCUAAAGCAGAUACAAAAGAAAAAAAGUAUGAAUUUCGCAUCAGGCUCACUUGGACUGAUGGAUUGCAUGAUGGGCGGAGUGAAUUUCACAAACACAAGGCAACGAAUGACAUGGCAAAAGUGGAGAUGGAAGCUGCCGAGUUAGAGAGUGAUUCUCUUGCUAAAGAACUCGAAAGCCCCGUGACCACCAAAGAGCAACCAAAAGCAAAGCUACCAAAUGCGGAUCGCAAGAUGAAUGGAGUGAUUUAGACGAAGACACGGUGUUACCAUGCAGCUAUGUUUAUUGGGCCAAUCCUUGCUGAUGCACCCUAUCCUCCUUCCUAAACUUUGGGUUGACAUUUGCAUUUGUUUGGAUAUCAAGUAUUUGGUGACUUUGUAACUUAUGUUUUUUUACAAUGUGUUUUAAAUUUAUUUUUUGAGCCGGGGGGUUUCUUGGAAACAGCCUCCCCACUUUCGAGUAGGGGUAAGGUCCACACCCUCCCCAGACCCUACUAUUGUGGGAACCAACUGGGUUAUUGUUGUUGUUGUAUUUUAAAUUUAUUACUUCAUAAAUUAGGAUGUUAUGCGACAACUAGAUAUUUGCAUUAUGUAUUCAUGAGUUUGUACUCCUCU